AUGCCAGUAGUCGGAGGAGCACACGUAAUACCCAUGACGAAUUACACAAUCGUCAGUGAUGGGUACGGGGAAAAGGGCGUAAAGAAGACCUAUGAAGAUGAGUUUUUUAUCUGCGAAAAUUUGAAGACAUUCAACAAGAGCUUGCACCCCAAUUUUAAUUUUUCCUGCUUUUGCCUGAUCGAUGGACAUAACGGAAAAAACACGGCCACUUUUUUGAAGAAAAAUCUGGCACAGGAAUUGUCGAACAGUUUUGCGGCCAAUCAGGAGACCUACGAGGGGACUCUUCCAAUACCAGACCACUUCAUCAGAAUUGGUGUAAAUAAUGCGUGCAAAAAAAUCGACGAAAAAUUAUCCGUGCAGUUUCCCGGGUGCAGAGACGGAGCCACAUGUGUAAUUAUUUUAAUUAAGGAUGAUUAUGCGUAUAUAAUAAAUGUAGGAGACUCAUCGGCGUAUCUGUGCAGAUUUUUGAAUAAUGCCAACCAAGCUAUAGACCUAGUGGAUAUCCAUAAGCCGUGGGUGCUGUCCGAAAAGGAGAGGAUCAUCAAACAUGGUGGGAGGAUUGAGAAUGGCCGAGUGAAUGACAUUAUCGAUGUGACGAGGGCCUUUGGGGAUCUUAUGCUGAAGAAAUACGGGUUGCUCUGCACAGGGACAUUCAAAAAAUUCAAAAUCAGCCCCGACGAUAAUUUUAUUAUCAUGGGCACCGAUGGCUUCUUCAGCUUUGUGGACGUGAACCAUAUAACGAAUGAGAUAGUGGCUUUGUCCAGGAAGGAAGAAAGGAUGGUAAAUGUUGAAAAGAAGAAAGCAGUGUUUGACGCCAAAAAUGUGUGUAGAAUUAUGGUUGAGCAUGCCCUUGUGGAUAAGAAGUCGCAGGACAACGUCACCGUUAUUUUGAUAAAGUUCUUACACAAAUAA